AUGACAUGUCUAAGCGAGUUGCUUUUAUUACUUUUCAUCACACCAUUAGCUACUCAAAAUCUACGCACAUUGAAAUUAUCUCAUCUCAACAAUACUCUCUAUACAUGCUCUGAUCCACAAUGUUCGCCUUCGACUCUUGUCACUGUUUACAACAUUAGACACUGUCAAAUGGUAUGUUUAGCCACUACUGAGUGUCGCACGGUGGUGUUUUAUCACUCGACUAAUCAGUGUCAACUAUUUGUUGAUAUUGCAACUUACAUGGGUACUUUGUCAAUUCAGAUGGAUGUGGAGACAAUGAUUGCUAUUGAUAACAGAAAACUAUCAGCUCCUACAACGAGCAAAACAACAAGCUCGACGACAAGCUCAACAACAACAACUACACCAGAUCCAUACGCAUGUGGUAAUAUGACACUACUUAUUGGGUAUAACGUGCCCGGUGAUGACAUAACUUCAGAAGUCUUCAAUAGUUAUACUCUAUGCUGUCAAUGGUGUUUGUCUUACAAUGGCUGUGUGGCGUUCACCUGGGGACUAUCAGGAUGGGCAAAUUCAACAUGUUUUAUAAAAAAUGCUAUUCCUGCUUCUAUUAACGAUUCUGAGUUUAUCAGUGCACACUAUUGA